AUGAAUGAAAUCAAGGAGAACCUACGGAGCAUCGAACAGAACUACAAGAUUUUUCAACAGCAACAAUUCACCUUUAUUGCCGCCUUAGAACACACACGAGAAAAUGCCCACGACAAGAUCAAGCCCAUAUCCAGCAUUGGACAGGUGCAGGCUUACAUGGAACAUCACUGCAACAACUCCACUGACAAACGCAUCCUCCUCAUGUUCCUCAACAUCUGUGCGGAUUUGAACAGGCUCUGCCAGAAGCUGGAAACGCUGCAUUCCGGCAACCCGACCACCAACGCGCUCUUGGACAAGUGCAAGACAUUAGUCAGCCAUAGCAAUGACCUCAGCGGAAUCCGGGCCAAGUACCCCCACGAUGUGGUGAACCACCUCAGCUGCGACGAGGCCCGGAACCACUACGGCGGAGUGGUCAGCCUCAUCCCGAUUGUCCUGGACUGCAUGAAGGAGUGGGUCGCCCACAGCGAGAAGCUUCCUCGGAACAUGCUCCAGAGCGUGAGUUUGAGGAGGGCGGCCAUCUAUCAGCAGCCCGAACUGCCGAAUCGGAAUGCGAUGGGCGCUCGCCCAGGCCUGCCUCCCUUCGUCACCGCGGGAACCCAGACCUCUCUUAGUUUGACAGCGAAGGCUCGGGAGCGGGAGAAUAGGCGGGCGGCUAAAAUUAAACAGAUGGGUGGCCUAGGGAGGGCCAUUCGCAAGUUUCUCGACGGGCCCUGGAGACCACCUGGUAAAAAUGCUUUUUAG